AUCAAAUAAAGCUGAAAUAUAAUCAAGAAAAGCAGGAGCUAACUGAAAAGCCUUUCGUGUGUAGCGUCUGUUACCGAUCGUUCAAUUCGCUCAAAAAUUUACGCGCUCAUCAGUUUGUUCGGGCUAAUUAUCGAGGUAAGCAAUUUAACUGCACAAUGUGCGUUUAUCGGGCAGUUAGCCGCAGCCUAUUGGCCAUUCAUGUGCGUUCGAAACACAGCGGAGAACGUCCUUUCGAAUGUGAGCUUUGUGCUAAAAAAUUCUACAGCGAAAUGACCCUGAAAGCCCAUCAGGCAUGUCACGUCGAAGGUCGACCUUUCGUUUGCAGCUUUUGCGGUAAAAGUUUCAGCCGAAAACGAAACAUGGAGGAACACAUCCGUUACGUUCACUCUGACGACAAACCUUACAAAUGUGACACCUGCUCGGCAAGUUUCAAGAUCGCCCAACAUCUUCGAAUCCACGUGAGAAUUCACACAGGCGAAAAACCAUAUCAAUGCUCUUUUUGUAACAAAAGUUUCUGCAGCACGUCCGACCGGAAACGUCACGAAAUGUCACACACCGGAGUGAAACCUCAUCAAUGCAACAGUUGCGAUGCUACAUUUGUGCGGAAGCGAACUCUACUGAUUCACGAAAGGACUCACUCGGGAGAACGCCCGUUUCGGUGUCACUUUUGUCAGAAGGGUUUUUGUUCGAGUGCAACGCUUAAAAAGCACAUGCUCAGAUAUGCCCAGAUGGGACAGCACCCGCCGCACAUCGAAGCAGAACACGAUCAUGAUGUUGUCAAGAAAGAACAAGAGCAGUUGAUGGAAAACGAAGUUAUGAUCACCGAACAGCAGGAUUUCUGUUUAGCUGAAUGAAUCUAGAUGAUGAUUUUGAAUUGAUACAUUAUUUUGUAAGUCGAUUCGUGCACUUUAUGUUCGGCAACGGGAUGAAGGAGCAAAUAAGCAAAUAAAAAACCAAAAUAAUCAUUUUCGUCAGAAGCGCUUUCGACAUGCGAAAUGUCCUACCCCUUAGAUUAAUUUAUUCAAUAUUCAUAUAGAAUAGUAUG